CUGCAGUUUCUGAGCUGGAGUAUCUGAAGGAGCCAGCAAACCUGGUGCAGGGAUCAGCCACAGCCUUGUUCUCUGUCAUUGACAAUAUCCUGGGCACAGCCAUGCAGUACCUGCAGCAGCUCUUCCAGAUGCCCUUCGGCUGCAGGGAGCAGAACAUGGUCCUGUUUGCCCCCAACAUCUACGUCCUGGACUAUCUGAAUAAGACAGGGCAGCUGAACGAGGAGACUAAAUCCAAGGCCAUCGGAUACUUAGCCAGCGGGUACCAGAAGCAGAUGUCUUACAAACACCCAGAUAGAUCCUACAGUGUCUUUGGGAGCAGAGAUAAGGAAGGAAGGAACACAUGGCUCUCCGCCUUCGUAUAUAAAUCACUUGCACAAGCCAAAUGCUACAUCUAUAUUGUCAACAAGGUCCAUUCUCAAACUCUGGUCUGGCUGGCAGACAAACAGAAGCCAGACUGGUGAUUCCAAAAUGCUGGGAAACUCUUCAAUAACAACUUGAAAGUCUUUCCUUCACCUGGCCCUUUGUGUUCUGCAGUGAAGUAUUUGGACAAAAUUCAGACCUGUCAAAAUCUUCUCCAGCAAGUCCUUCAGAAGGAGCUUUCAAGUGGACAGCAAGAACCACCUGCUGCUCCUGUCUGAUAUUCUGGGAAAUUACAGCGUGGAAGUGAAUGGCCAUGGCUGUGUCUACGUGCAGCACAGAGAUCCCCAGCCCAUUGCCCCUCAUUGUGGGGCAGCUCCACCCAACAGUGAAUGCUUCCUGCACUGCUGAUGUGCCAACAAAGUUUGACCUUGUCGUUUCAGCCAGUUAUGCCGGGAAGUGCAAUAGCUCCAGCAUUGUUGAUGGCAAGAUGCUCUUAGGCUUUGUCCCUGUCGGAUUAUCCCUGCGGAAGCUUCAGGGUGAUCGUAUGCUGAUACAGGUGGAAACCAAGAACAACCGUGACCUCUUCAACUUGGAGAGUGGAAGUCUGAGUAAGUCUCCCUCACAGAAGAAUAUCACUUUCUCUUUUGAGCAAGAAUUUCCUGUGUUCAACAUCAAACCAGCUUCAGUGCUGAUCUACGAUCACUAUGAAAUAGAUGAGCAUGUUCUUGCUGAGUACAGCACAGCCUAUGGUCAGACAUCUCACUCUGAAAGCAGCUACAAGUCCGCACCAGAUAGAGCGAAUUGUGAGUGGUACUCUCCAGAGAGUACAAUAAGAAUGGGAGAGGACAAGGCUGUGGGGGAAAGUGGACAAGAGACUGGGUCACGUAAUCCAAAUGAAAGGGAGAGCUGUUCAGAACCUGAGGGCUCUGAUGUACUUUGUAAGGAAUUUGACAGUCGUGUAGUGGGAUGGAUUUCACUGGAAAAAUAUACAAGAUUUUGUAGAUGUUGAGCUUGGAAACAGAUCCCUUCACCGUGAAAAUGAGCCACUUUCUGAGUAGAAAAUGGCCCCAUCAGGAACAGUGAGGGGGUGUUUCAAAAGCAGCUAAAUGACUUAGGAGCGCACAUGAUAUUGAAAGUUAGUGCUCCUGAGGUGCUUCUGAAAAUCCCACCCAUCAGCUGAGGUGACUCCGGAAUUGGAACUCUUGCAUAUA